AUGAUGAUCAUUAUUAACCAAUGUUUUAUGAAAUUCAAUUUUGUAAAUUGGUAUAUAUUCCGUGACAGUUGUUCCUUUUUUAAUAAGAAGAACACGUGUCAACAGAAGGAAAUAUUCUACAGUACUAUAUACAAGACAAUGUCUACUGAUCAACUAUAUUUUACAGCGAAAACCACUAUACAAUAUGGUAAAGUUAAACAAUUCCAGUUUGUCUUAAUAAUCACAUCAAUUUCAGUGAUGAUCUACUUUGUCUUCAGUUGUUGUCAUGGAAUAGCACUGUCUCAGACUUCAAGUCAGAAUGCAACCACCGGUUUUCGUACUAUGAAUCCAUGUGAAAAUUUUUAUCUUUAUGCAUGCACAGAGUGGGAGAGAAACAAUCCAAUACCGAGUAAUGAACGGGAUAUUAACACUUUUAAACAGGUCGAAAUAGCCACUGACCAAUACUUCUAUAACAUCAUUGCUAACAAGUCAUAUGCCUUGGAUGAUCCCCACCUGUCUACUACUCGCAAAUUUUACGAAGCUUGUAUAAAAGGUCCUUAUGAUUCAAAUGAUCAUGUUAGAGAUCAGUUGCGUCAGUUAAUUUCGAUGGCAUUCGGUGAAUGGGAUUUAUUGACAUCUCUUUCAACAAAUGUGACAAAUACAUCUAAGGCUGCCAGAAAUAUUCUAAAUUUGAGUCUGACUGAUAUAUACCUACCACUGAUAAGCACAACAGGGCAUUCACCCUUAUUUUCAUUGGAUAUCGAUGAAGAGGAUCGAGCGAUUCGAAUCUCUUCAGGUCAGCUAACUUCAGAUCAAAGUCUCAUGAAGAAGGAGAAUGAAAUGUUAAAGAUCAAGGCAUUGCUUUAUUUAUCAGUGCAUUCACUAAAUAUUGAAGUGUCACAAUAUUCGGAGCUUUAUGAUACUUUUCAGUUAUUUGAUCGCCUAAUUAAUGCUUUCUUGGAUCCACAAACAUCCACACCAUUUAAAACAAACCAAUCGGUUAGCAUUGAAGAAUUAAAGGCCAUUUGUCCACCGAUCGAUUGGGAUUAUUUGUUUGACAAAGUGUUCAAUCAAACUGGAUUUAGAAACUACCAUAAAUUACCAAUAAAGGUUGAAGAAAAAUUUUCGCUACAAUAUCGUUGUGGAUUCCAUCAAAUACAAUUGAAAACAGAUGAAGAUAAAAGCGCACUCUACAACCUGGCUGUUUUGAAUUUUAUGGCGGAACAAAAUCGUCGUUUAGAAGAUCGGGAAAUUCAUGAUUUCGUGAACAAAUCAAAUCCAAGGAAUUCCACAUACUUCUCACCUUAUUGUAUGAAUCGAGUGAAGACCGUAUUUCCAUGGACACUUGAAAAGCACUUCCUGACUUCUCACAUCACUCAAAACCAAAGAAAUGAGGUUCAACAACUAGUUGAAGAAGUGAGAAGCUCCAUAAUUGAAUCAGUCACACAAGCCACAUGGUUGAAUGAAAAUACAAAGCAGUUUAUCACGGACAAGAUUAAUCAAACCAAGGUUUUCAUUUUCUAUUCGAAUGUUAGUGGAUCAGAAAGAAGAGAAGAUCUUUCAGCGAUAUACAAAUAUCCUAUAAAUGCCGAAGAUCAUGUGUUAAAUGAGUAUUAUGCACAGAAAGCCAUGUAUACAGAGAAAUUAAGAAGAAGAAUUAAAAAAGCUGGCAAAACGUCACUACGUGAUUCGCCAACUUAUUUACCUGAGGCCUACUAUUUGGCUAAUUUAAACCGCAUAUACAUUUACGCCGGAUUGAUGCAACCACCAUUUUAUGAAAAGUAUGAAGAUUCACCAACCAGAUACAUUGGAUUGGGUUGGAUUAUGGCCCACGAAUUUAUGCAUGCUAUAGAUAUUAUAGGUGUUCUCGAAGAUUUCAACGGGAAUCAACGACUAGGUAGAGCUUCUCAUGCAGGAAUGAUUGCAAAUAUGAAGCAAACAGAUUGUCUACGAUCUCAUUACAAAAGACAUCCUGAUUCGUUUGAGAAGAGCGAUAGAAUUGGGACGCGUAAUGAAAUUUUGGCUGACAAUGGAGGAUUGAAAAUAAUGUACAAUACAUACCGGAAAUUGCAAAAUAGACAACGUGUUCAAAAUACAAGCGAAAUCUUAGCUUUCGAUCGAUUAUUUUUCCUGAAACUUGCACAGACUUUAUGUGGCCGUGUACACAAGGAUUCACGUUCCUACCACAAAAAUCACGUUGAUCACAUUGUACCUCGAUAUAGGGUGAUAGGUGCUUUGUCAAAUACUGAAGAAUUUGCUAUAGCUUACAACUGUCCAAUUGGUUCACCAAUGAAUCCUGUGAAGAAAUGUAAAUUGUGGUAA